AUGGCAAAGAAGCGCCGCGGUACUGGUGACCAGCAGCUCGCCUCGGCGGAAGAGCACGCCGUCAAGUCCGAGUCGCUGUUCGAGGCAAAGCAGUAUGCCGAUGCUGCGCUCGAGGCGGAGAAGGCACUGCAGUGCCUGCCGCUCAUGGCACGCAGCUCGCUCACGCGCGGCCGUGCGCUACUGUACCCGGCUCUGUCCAAGAUGGUGCAGGAGGGCGGGCUGCCACCGGCCGGCUUGCUAGAGGAGGCGGGGCGCCACUUCACUCUCGCGGUGCGGCUGGACCCUGAGUGCGAGGAGGCCAAGGGUGAGGUCGACAGCCUGCAGAAGCUCCUCUCCGACCUCCCGCAGGACCCCGCUCCUGCCAGCGCAGCCGGCAAAGAGCCUUCCGGCGCCGCAGCCGCAGUCGACGUCAUCAUCGUUGGGGCAGGGGCAGCCGGGGUUGGCUGCGCUCUGAUGCUGACAAAGACUUUUGGGCUCGACGCCUCCCGCGUGCUGCUGAUCGAGCGCGGCGAGGGAGUCGGCGACACGUUCCGCCGCUGGCCCGCGGAGAUGCGGUUCAUCUCUCCCUCCUUCAACAACCAGGGCUGGACCAACUCGUUUGACCUCAACUCGGUGGCGCACGGCUCUUCGCCCGCAUACUCGCUGCACGCGCAACACCCAAGCGGCGGACAGUAUGCGGAUUACCUUGACGCCCUCGCCUCGUCGGCCAAGCUCAACGUGCGCACGCUGACCGAGGCCGGCGCCCGCGGGCGAGACGCUUACGGCGAGGCACGCGAGUUCCAGUACCCGCGCGAGGGCGGCGGCGCCAUCGCAGGCGCCGAACUCUGCCGGCACAACUCGCGGGGUCCUUUCAAUCUAGAGCAGACGCUCGGCUGCACCCUCCUGUCUCGCAGUCUCGCAGUCAUCGCUCUGGUCUCUAGGUUCGCGUCGCUGCCGGGGGACGAUUUUGUCGUCAUCGGAGGGUACGAGAGCGGGGCUGACGCGGCUGCGACCGUGCUCGCCUCCACCGCCACGUGGGACGCGCCAUACACCGCAGAGCGGCUUCGGGCGGUGACCGCGCCAGGCUUCUCGCCUCGCCCAAAGCUGCUCGCGCCGCUCCGUGUGCUGCGCGUGGAGAGGGCGGCGGGCGGAGGCUUCGACGUCGUGGCGAGCUGGAAGGCGGCCGAGAGCAUGCCGCCGCCCGGGCCUCUGCGGAAGCCGCUGGGCGCCGACGCCACUGACCGAGGUGCCGAGGGGAGCGAGGUGGUGGUGCACACGGCUCAGCCACCCCUGCUCUGCACCGGCUUCGAGGGCUCCGUCGCCUCGAUGGCGCGAAACCUCUUCGCGUUUGCGGACGCGGCGGACGAGGCGAAGGCGAAGGGGUGCCUCGCCGGCGCGCCGCUGCUGACGGAGGACGACGAGUCGACGAAGGUGGCCGGCGUCUUCCUGGUCGGCCCGGCGGUGCGGCACGGCGAGCACUCCUUCUGCUUCGUCUACAAGUUCCGGCAGCGCUUCGGCAUCGUCGCCAACGCCAUCUGCCGCGGCCUCGGCCGCCGCGACACGCAGAUGGCGGUCGAGGUUGCGAGGAAGAUGAACAUGUACCUCGACGACCUGAAGUGCUGCGAGGCCACGUGCGGCGAGGCCUGCUGA